AUGGUGAGAGCUCCCUACUUUGACAAAAAUGGAGUCAAGAAAGGUGCAUGGAGUCGAGAAGAAGAUGAUAAGUUAAGAGAACACAUAGAGAAAUAUGGUCAUUGGAGCUGGCGGGAAAUCCCUAAGUUUGCAGGUUUAUCAAGGUGUGGCAAGAGUUGCAGAUUGAGAUGGAUGAAUUAUCUCCGGCCGGAUGUAAAGCAUGGGAACUACACCAAAGAAGAAGAAGAGUUAAUCCUCGAAUUACAUGAAAAACACGGAAAUAAAUGGUCCUUGAUUUCUGCAAAAUUACCAGGAAGAACAGACAAUGAAGUGAAAAACUACUGGCACAGCCAUCUAAAGAAGCUACAGGUGAAAAAACACAACACAUUGGAAUUGAAAAACCAUUGUAGUGAAAUCAGCCAGAUGAAUAAAGAAAUGGAAGCUGAAAGAGUAGUUUCCUGCACUCCUUCAAACCCCAUAUUAGAGAGCUCUCCAUUAUCCCCAGAAACAUCUUGCAAUGAAUUCUCCAACUUGAGCACUGAUUUUGCCCCAGUACUUCCUGUAUUAGCUGGCACAAACAGAAUAAAUAUUGCAGAAGAUAUUCUCCCUUCAGAUCCUACAUUUGAAGAGCCUGUUGGAGAUUUUUGGACAGAACCAUUUGUAGCAGAUAAUGCGGCCUAUUACCAAGAUGGUUAUCCAGGACUAUCAUUUGAUCAAGAGGAGCCGUUUGUUUUAUACUAUGAUGAUGACAUGGUGAGAGCUCCCUACUUUGACAAAAAUGGAGUCAGGAAAGGUGCAUGGAGUGGAGAAGAAGAUGAUAAGUUAAGAGAGCACGUAGAGAAAUAUGGCCAUUGCAGCUGGCGUGAAAUCCCUAAGCUUGCAGGUUUAUCAAGGUGUGGCAAGAGUUGCAGAUUAAGAUGGAUGAAUUAUCUCCGGCCAGGUGUAAAGCAUGGGAACUACACCAAAGAAGAAGCAGAUUUAAUCCUCAAAUUACAUGAAAAACAUGGGAAUAAAUGGUCCUUGAUUGCAGAAAAAUUACAAGGAAGAACGGACAAUGAAGUGAAAAACUACUGGCACACCCAUCUAAAGAAGCGAUCGGUGAAAAACCAGAACACAUUGGAGUUGAAUGGUCAUUGUAGUAAUGUCAGCCAGAUGAAUAAAGAUAUGGAAGCUGGAAGUAUAGUUUCCUGCACUCCUUCAAACCCCAUAUUAGAGAGCUCUCCAUUAUCCCCAGAAACAUCUUGCAGUGAAUUCUCCAACUUGAGCACUGAUUUUGCCCCAGUACUUCCAGUAUCAGUUGGCACAAACUGGAAUAGCAUUGCAGAUCAAGAGAUUCUCCCUUCAGUGCCUGCAUUUGAAGAGCCUGUUGGAGAUUUUUGGACAGAACCAUUUGUAGCAGAUAAUGCGGCCUAUUACCAAGAUGGUUAUCGAGGAUUAUCAUUUGAUCAAGAGGAGCCGUUUGCUUCAUACUAUGAUGAUGGUAUGGAUUUCUAUUAUCAAAUGAUGCAAGAACUGCCAGGAAACAUUUAG